CAAAAAAAAACAAUAGAACAGAAGAAGAAAGUUAACCUAACAAAAUCUUACCAAACAGACUUUUCUAUAAUGUUGAAAUUGGCAAGAAUUUGUAAUUCAUUUCGAGCGAUAAGGCACAUUGAGGCGUCAAUAUAUGGAGUUCAAAACUUGAGAAGUGAUAACUAUAAACUAAAACUGAAUGUAUCUAGGAAAUAUGAACGAAAAAGAAAGGAGAAGUUCCACCAUUUUCACAAAUCACCGAAUUUAUUCAAAUUUACUCUGGGAGUGGGUAUUGUAUAUUGUGAUAUUGGAAGACUAGAUAAGGAUGAAAAACGCCUGUUUAAGGCAUGCUUUUUUGGUCUCACACAUGAAGUUAAAAGAAUGAUAAAGGAGGGAACAAAUAUCAAUAAAAGACAUCAUUUGGGAUGGACACCUCUUUUAGUCGCUAUAGUUAAUGAACGUAGUGACAUUGUGGAAAUGUUAUUGAAUGCAGGUGCAGAUCCCAAUCUUCCUGAUAAUUAUAUUAAUCCUAACAGAACUGCCCAUGAAAAAGGGAUGCAUCCUGUAGAAGUGUUAAUGAUUCGAGAUGAGGAAUUUUCAAGCAAUCUCAAUAAUAAAGCAACAUUUCUUGGUUUCACAGCCCUUCACUAUGCUGUUUUGAUUGACAAUUUUGAAUUAGUGAAGAUGCUGUUGAGUUAUGGUGCAGACCCAACAAUUGAAAAUGAUAUUGGUCACACACCUGUUAUAUAUGCCAAAGAUGCAGAAAUUAGAACAUUUUUGGAAGGAGAAGUAUCUAUUUUUGAAGAAAAAAAACUAGAAAAAGAAAAGGAAGAACGUAGAAGAUAUCCACUUGAGGAAAGGCUGACGAAGCACAUAGUAGGCCAAGAAGGGGCAAUUGCUAUUGUCGCAGCCACUGUGAGGCGAAAGGAGAAUGGUUGGACAGAUGAUGAUCAUCCUCUGGUCUUCUUAUUCUUGGGAUCAUCUGGAAUUGGAAAAACCGAACUGGCCAAACAGUUAGCUGCCUAUAUCCACAAAGAAAAACAGCAGGCCUUCAUCAGAUUGGAUAUGUCUGAAUUUCAAGAAAAACACGAGGUUGCUAAACUUAUAGGCGCCCCUCCAGGCUACAUAGGUCACGAUGAAGGAGGACAGUUAACUAAAAAACUGAAAAAAUGUCCGAAUGCCGUAGUUCUAUUUGACGAAGUGGACAAGGCCCACCCUGAUGUUUUGACGGUGUUACUUCAGUUGUUUGAUGAAGGCCGCCUCACCGAUGGUCAAGGAAAAACAAUUGAGUGUAAAGAUGCUAUUUUCAUUAUGACAUCAAAUUUAGCUAGUGAUGAAAUUGCCAAUCAUGGCAUGCAGCUCAGAAGAGAAAUUGAAAAACUUAAAAAUACAAGACUUGAUGUUGACCAAACUGAAGGAAAAGAACAACACAUUUCGGAUAAUAUAAAAAUAUCUAAGAAAUUCAAAGAUGAGGUGGUGAAACCAAUACUGAAGAGACAUUUCAAGAGAGACGAGUUUUUGGGAAGAAUAAACGAAAUAGUGUACUUCCUGCCCUUUUCAAGAAGCGAACUUAUACGGCUGGUUUCAAGAGAAUUGCAGUGUUGGGCACAAAGAGCUAAAGAAAAACACAAAAUAGAUAUAAAAUGGGACAGGAGCGUAGAAUCUGCAUUAGCAGAUGGUUAUGACGUAAAUUAUGGAGCCCGAUCUAUAAAAUAUGAAGUAGAAAGAAGGGUUGUUAAUCAACUUGCUGCUGCACAUGAGAAAGGUAUUAUUGGAAAAGGUAGUACUGUCGAAGUAUGUGCUUUGUGGCCAGAAAAUUGUGAAAUCGCUGAAAUCACACUGAAAGUAAAAAAGAGCGGUCUGAAAGAUUUUGUCAUUAUUGAUCAGAGUAAACUUUCUUUGAAAAAUUUGGCUUCGAUAUUUUAAUAAAUAAUACUAAUGAAACCAUUUUAUGUGAUCUUGCAUGUUUUGAAGCUAUUGAUAAAUAUAUCUUUGUUACUUA